GCCCAAAUAAAUCUGUUAGUCUUUAAGGUGCCACUGGGCUCCCUGUUGUUUUUGUUCAAUCUUGCAAGACUCAGAUCUAAAACCAAGACUCAGAAGGCCUUCAUUUAACACCUCCUCUUCGCUGACGAUGCAGCUGUGACAACCCACACAGAAUCCCAUCUCCAAAACCUCAUGAACAGUUUUUCCAGUGCCUGCCAAGACUUCGGGCUUACUAUAAGCCUAAAAAAGACGAACAUAAUGUGCCCAGGAGUUGAAGAAGCAUCCUCUUUCAAGAUCAACAAGUAUGAACUUGAAGUGGUGAACAAGUUCACAUACCUGGGGUCCACUGUCGCAGUCAAUCUUUCACUUGAAACAGAACUCAACCUCCACAUUAGAAGAGCUGCCACAACAAUGUCUAUGACUGAGCAAGAGGGUAUGGCAAAACAACAAACUGACAGAAAACACAAAGAUCUGUGUGUAUUGUGCAUGUGUUAUCAGCAUACUUUUGUAUGGGAGCGAGACAUGGACCUUAUACUGUCAUCAGGAAAAGAGGCUCAAUAGCUUACCGAUGUGUUGCAUUUGUUGGACUUUUGGAAUUUCCUGGAGCUGUUGCUGAGCGGAGGUGCUCAAGAGGGCCAGUAUACCCAGGACCAAACAUUCCUCAAACAGAGACACCUCCGCUGGCUUGGGCAUGUGUGCCGAAUGAAUGAUGGGCACAUCCCAAAGGAUAUCCUCUAUUGUGAACUGGCAUCUGGAAAAGGACCCAAAGGAUGCCCAAAAUUGCAUUUCAAAGAUGUGUGCAAGCAAGACCUCAAAAGAAAUGGAUGUGGAUAACUGAGAAGAUCAUUCUCUAGACUGCAGCCUUUGGAAACAAGAGCUUAACAAAGGUCUCUAGAGUUAUGAGAGGAAGCAGUUCAGCUUAGAAGAGAAGAAAAGAGCUUGCACAAGCCAGAGCCCAAAGUGUCAAAACACCACCCUUUAAAUUUGUCUGAUGCAGCAGAGAUUGUGUCUCUCUCAAGUGAGUCCCUUCAGUCACAGCCACAGCUGCCAUAAAAUCAGUGGCUACACUGGAGAUAUAUAUUCCAAUUCCAAUUUGAAGAAUAAAAAUGAUCUUUUUGAGUAUAAGUUUGCAACUGGCCAAUGGACAGAGUGGAAGACUGAAGGAAGAUUGCCAGUUGCAAGGUCAGCUCAUGGUGCAACAGUGUAUAGUGACAAACUGUGGAUCUUCGCAGGAUAUGAUGGGAAUGCACGGUUAAAUGAUAUGUGGACGAUUGGCCUACAGGACAGAGAGCUAACAUGCUGGGAAGAGAUUGAACAGAGUGGUGAGAUCCCUCCUUCCUGCUGUAAUUUUCCCGUGGCUGUUUGCAAAGACAAGAUGUUUGUGUUUUCUGGCCAGAGUGGAGCAAAGAUCACCAAUAAUCUCUUUCAGUUUGAAUUCAAGGAAAAAAUCUCCAAACAUGAUGACCUGUUUGGCCCUGAGCAUGUAGAGAAGACACUAGCCAGUUGGACACGAAUUCCUACUGAACACUUACUUCGGGGCUCCCCUCCUCCUCCACAGCGAAGAUAUGGUCACACCAUGGUUGCCUUUGAUCGCCACCUCUAUGUGUUUGGUGGUGCUGCAGAUAACACAUUGCCAAAUGAACUACACUGCUAUGAUGUGGACUCUCAGACCUGGGAAGUUAUCCAGCCUAGUCCAGAUAGUGAGGUGGCCCAUCCAGAAGUUGCUGAGAGGGUAGCUGCCCCAGAAGAAGCUCCUUCCUUCUCCUCAGAAGAACGUGGUUUAAAAAAAUCUCGAGAUGUAUUUGGUUUAGAUUUCGGCAUAACAACAGUUAAACAACAGCCCACAGCAGACUCUGAGCUGCCAAGUGGGAGACUCUUCCAUGCUGCAGCUGUCAUCUCAGACGCCAUGUACAUCUUUGGUGGGACAGUGGACAAUAACAUUAGAAGUGGAGAAAUGUACAGAUUCCAGUUUUCUUGUUACCCAAAAUGCACUUUACAUGAAGAUUAUGGAAGACUGUGGGAAAACAGGCAGUUCAGCGACUUGGAGUUUGUUCUGGGAGAGAAGGAAGACCGAGUCCGGGGACAUGCAGCCAUUGUCACAGCUCGCUGUAAGUGGCUAAGGAAGAAAAUUAUACAGGCAAGAGAGAGAUUGAAACAGAAAUCUAAGCAAGAGAUUGAAGAAGAGGGACAAGCACUGUCCCAGAACGAGGGUAUUUGCGGCAAUGUCAAGCUGUGCUGCCUGCAACCUCUGCUGGAAGUGACAAUCCGAGAAGCUGAAGCUCAGCCCUUUGAGGUGCUCAUGCAGUUCCUGUACACAGAUAAAAUAAAAUACCCACGCAAAGGUCAUGUGCAGGAUGUACUGCUUAUCAUGGACGUGUACAGACUAGCCCUGAAUUUCAAGCUCUCGCGACUGGAACAGCUCUGCCUCCAGUAUAUUGAAGCAUCUGUAGAUCUACAGAAUGUGCUCAUUGUGUGUGAAAAUGCUAACAAGCUUCAACUGGAGCAACUAAAGGAACACUGCCUGAACUUUGUGGUUAAAGAGUCACAUUUUAAUCAGGUAAUAAUGAUGAAGGAAUUUGAGCAUCUUUCCUCAUCCCUGAUAGUGGAGAUAGUACGAAGAAAACAGCAGCCUCCUGUUCGAACACAUUCCGAUCAGCCUGUGGAUAUUGGAACAUCUUUGAUUCAGGAUAUGAAGGCUUAUCUAGAAGGAGCUGGGAUCGAGUUUUGUGAUAUCAUCCUCCUGUUAGAUGGCCACCCAAGACCAGCACAUAAGGCAAUUCUGGCAGCCCGCUCCAGUUACUUUGAAGCCAUGUUCCGUUCCUUCAUGCCAGAAGAUGGACAAGUAAAUAUUUCUAUAGGUGAAAUGGUUCCCAGUAAACAAGCAUUUGAAUCUAUGCUGAGAUACAUUUACUAUGGUGAAGUGAACAUGCCUCCUGAAGAUUCCCUCUACCUCUUCGCUGCCCCUUAUUAUUAUGGUUUCUACAACAACAGACUUCAAGCAUACUGCAAGCAGAACCUGGAAAUGAAUGUUACAGUGGAAAAUGUGCUCCAGAUUUUAGAGGCAGCUGACAAGACACAGGCUCUGGACAUGAAGAAGCACUGCCUACAUAUCAUUGUUCACCAAUUCACCAAGGUCUCCAAGUUGCCAAAUCUGCGAUCCCUCAGUCAGCCGCUCCUUCUUGACAUCAUAGAAUCAUUAGCCAAUCACAUAUCAGACAAGCAAUGUGCAGAGCUGGGUUCAGACAUAUAAAACACUUCCAGACCUCUUUCAUUUGUUCCUCAAAGGGCUGCACUUUACAGCUGAAUCCCUCUAUACUGAGCUGCUCAGAAUGUCAACACAAUAAAGCAGAAGACCUGUGAAAGCAUGAAAAUCUGAACUAUUGCUCUCUUGUGGAUCUGCAUGGCUUACAUCUGUGUAUUUGGGGCAGAAGCUCAUCUCAGCCAUACCAACGUAAAAUUGAAAUAACUGGGAGCAAUGAGUUUAUUCCAGAUUUACCUUGGUGUAAUUGAGUUCAGAAUCUGACCUAUUGCUUUUAUUUUGUAAAAUAUAAACAGUAAUGGAUAAAAGGAUCAUUAAUAUUAUGAAACACAAAUAUCCUGUGGCUGUAAGUUGAAGUCAGCAAUAAUUAAAUUGGAAAUAAAAUGCACAAUUUUAACA